CCAGGCUCGAGGGAGGAAGCUCCAAGUCUCGCCCGGGCGCAGCUGUCCAGCCUCCAGACCGCUGGAGCCAUGUCCGACGCUGGAUCUGAGGCCGAAGAGGUCGCGGACCUGAGCAACCCCGACGUCACCACCAAGUACCGCUCCGGAGGCGACAUUGUGAACAAGGCGCUUCAGAAGGUUGUGGAUGCCUGCGUGGAGGAUGCGGACAUCGCUACAAUAUGCGAGAUGUCCGACAAGUUUAUGGAAGAGGAGACGGGCAAGCUUUACAACAAGAAGCAGAAGGGGGAGGGCGAUAAGCCCGGCAAGAAAAUUGAGAAGGGCAUCGCGUUCCCCACCUGCAUCUCGGAGGGGUCAACGAGCUUAUCGGCCACUUCUCGCCCCUCAAAGGUGAGUCCAGGCAGCUGA